GCCAUUCUCCUGUUGGCCGUCGUGAGCCUCGCCCGAGCAGGAAAGAAAGUUUCGGUGAAAGAAGUCGUGUUCGAUAGCGCUGUGUCGGACAUUCAGUGGCUGGGUGAAGACCAGAAGACGGUCAUCACGCAGACUACGAAGGGGCGCCUGUACCGCAGUACCAACGGCGGCGAAACCUGGAAUGACAUCACAGACUACUUCAAAGUCGAUGUCCCUGGCUCGGCCCCGCAGCCAUUCACCGCAGAAUCGAUGUCCAAGAGCCCUGCCGAUCCGAACACCAUCCUCGUUUCUGGAAACAAGAAGACCAACUUCAUUUCCAGCAACAGGGGUUCGUCCUGGAAGAAGAUCCGGCAAAGAUCGCAAAUCCACACGGUGAUGUUCCACAAGAUGCGGCCAACCUGGUUGUUGCUGUCGACGUGGACUAGCACAUGCAACCGGAAAGACAAGAGUAGCGCCCCAGCGGAGGGCGAGGAGGAUGGCGGUGGUCCCUGCAACCACAUGCUGUAUCUCUCCAGAGACCUGGGCAAGACUUUCAGUCUUGUGCAGAACUACGUGGUGCAAUUCAGCUGGGGAGAUCCGUCCAUGGGACAACAGGACAGGAUCUACUUUACGCACUUUAGAAAGAAAACCGGCGACCAGCCCAAGCUGUACAUAUGGUCCAACGACGUGGAUUUCGCGUAUAUGGAAGCCGAUGGCAGAAGGUCCACCACUAUGGUUCCCAUGGGAAAUAAGUUUCUGGUGUCCCACAAGUUCAUCUUCGUAGCCAAAGUGAAGGACGUAACCUCCCAGACUGUGAAUCUCAUGGUCUCGGCAGAUGGCGGUCGCUCCUUCAACGCUGCGCAGUUGCCCACCGAAAUUGACGAGAAGUCGUACACAGUUUUGGACACUUCCGAGGGGCUGGUGAUGCUGCAUGUCAACCAUGGAGCAAAGGAGAAUCAAGUGGGGAACGUGUACAUCUCAGACGAGAAAGGCUUCCGCUUUACGCUGUCCCUUCCAAACAACGUUCGUGGCACAAACGGUGACUGUGAGUUCGACAAGGUGUUGAGCUUGGAGGGCGUGUACAUGGCCAACUUCAAGGACAUCCCACGUUCUGGCGACUCUGCAUCCAGUGGGGCAGAAGUGGCCAAGGAGGCAGCAGCCGAGAGCGAAGCACUGGAAGGCGAAGCAGCAGCUGGCACAGAGGUGGACAAGCGGAGGGCGCCCAAAAGCAAGGCCAAAGAGGAAAGUGUGGUUCGCACUGUGAUCUCUUUCGACAAGGGUGGAGUAUGGUCCUACCUGAAGCCUCCGCGCGUGGACUCCACUGGAAAGCAAAUCGAUUGCCCUCCAGACAAAUGCUGGCUGCACCUGCACGGCAUCACCAACUUCCACAACUACGCGCCUUUCUACUCGACUGAGAAUGCCAUCGGCAUCAUCAUGGGCACCGGUAAUGUUGGUCCGUACCUGCGCUUCGAGCCAGACCAGACCAACACCUACCUCUCCCGUGACGGCGGCCUCACAUGGCUGGAAGCACACAAAGGCGCUUUCAUCUACGAGUAUGGAGACCAUGGCGGCCUUGUUGUCAUGGCCGACGAUGUGCGGAAGACCAAGCUGGUGGUGUUUUCGUGGAACGAAGGGCAGAGCUGGUAUGAUUUUGAGCUCUCAUCCAUGCCCAUCGAGGUGGACAACAUCGUGACAGAGCCGAACGCGACUUCAACGAAGUUCCUCCUCUACGGCACACGUGGAGAUACGGGAGUGAUGUACCACCUGAACUUCGAGACCUUGGGACAGCCUCUCUGCAAGGGUGUUUGGGCCGCGGACUCCGUCUCUUCCGACUACGAAACUUGGAGUCCAUCAGACGGCAAGAGCACUGAGAAAUGCCUCAUGGGCAAGCAGGAGGUAGCUGCUAUAAGUGCUCACGCGAUCACGGAGCUUGCAGCGGCGAAAGGAAAUUCUGCGAAGACUGUCAAGCAUCAUUUGCAAGAUUUGCUUGGCAUACCCAUCUAUAGACAAAGACUUCUGGCUGGAAGCCUGCCAAUUAGUGACGAUGACUCGUUGGGGAUACUCGCCUCUGAGGAAGUGCUGCUGGUCGUUCUUCCAUUUCAAAAAGCCACAACAAGGCAGGUCAAGGCGCUUCAAUUUGCAGCAGCUUUGGACCAGGCUGAAGAGAUGGAGUGUCUUCUUCGGCUUCCGCUGGAUCCCGAUUGCGUCGACGGUGAGAAGGGGAGGGAAGGACGAAGUGUCCUUGGCGUGGCUGCCAGCCACGGAAGCCGGAGCUGCGUCCGCCUGCUGCUCGAAGCUCAGGCGGACGCAAACAAAGCGACGGACCUCUUUGGUGCAUCGCCUCUGUGGGCUGCGUGCAAAGGCGGGCACCUGGAGACCUCUCGGCUGCUUCUCCAGGCUGGAGCCGAUAUGGAGAAGCCGGCGAUUACUGGCACCACCCCGCUCUGGGUGGCAGCCAGUUACGGCCAUGUGGAGAUUCUGCGUUUCUUGCUGCGUGCUGGAGCUAAUACGACCACGUCCAACCAUGAAACAGGCGCCACGCCCCUCUGCAUGGCCUGUGAGCAGGGCCAUGCAGAGGCAGCACAGCUGCUGGUUUGGGCUGCAGCCGGAAUUGACACGGCCGACAAGGGCGGCAUGACGCCAUUGUGGGCGGCUGCACGGCAUGGACACUUGGAAAUCGUCCGCUUCUUGCUGGAAGCUGGUGCAGACAUGGAGAAAGCAAACGGCUUUGGGACGUCUCCUUUAUGGAUUGCUUCAGCAUAUGGCCACGACCAGGUGGUGCAGCUUCUGGUAUGGGCUGGUGCUGACUUAUGUGCCACGAACAAGCAGGGAGAGACCUCUUUCUGGAUUGCUUCGAAAUGCGGGCAUCUGAAAGUGAUGUGUGUUCUGCUUCAGCCAUCUGUCGGUAGCGACUGUCGCAACCGUGGCGCAUUCCUUGAUGAUCACGUUUGUUUCCUGUUUGCACAUGGGUGGACUGCGCCUGAAGACCGAGUCCAUGACCAUUAUGACGAGACCCUUCUGGCUUUGGAGUCAGUCUUAACAUCGGGGCGGCUUGCGACAUAUACCCGACGCAAGCAGACUUCGGAAUGCUUCAAUGGCGAGAAGUUCGAGCGCCCGAUAAGCAAGAAGAAUUGCGAAUGCACCCAAGAGAACUUCGAGUGCGAAGUGGGCUUCACCCGUGCAGUCGGGUCCAUGGAUUGCAAGUAUGCCGACGAUGGCUCCAUCAAGAUCCCCUACAGCUGCGCGAGGAACGACCACUUCUUUGCCACUGGCUAUCGCAAAGUCGUCGGAGACACUUGCGAGGGCGGCUGGCAGCCACAACAGGUGGCCGUGCCCUGUCCCCCUAAACCGAUGAGCAAAGGUGCCUGGUCUGUUCUCGGAGCCCUAGGAAUGCUGGCAGUAGUGCUGUUCGCCGUGAACUAUUUGUCUCAGAACGACCGCAUGAAGGGUGUCUUUGCAAAUUACGGCUUCGCUUCCCAUGCCGCCGUUCAGUACGCCGGCAUCGGUGUGAAGCAACCUGAAUCAGCAUUGGACAGCGUCGGCACGCGCUUUGAUGCUGAGUUCAUCGAAGGCGACCAGGAUGACUUCGAUGCACCCCAGCUGAUGAAUUACACCAGCGACGCGGGGCCUCGGGACAG